AUGAAUCCACAGCAUAUCAUUACCGGCUUGCUAGAUACUAAAGUCAUUACUUAUCCAUCACAACAAGUAGUCGCUACAUACUCAGCUGUCAUAAAACCAACGACAUAUUUGGGAUCCAUUUCAAUUUUGAAUCCUGAAACAAAUCAAUGGGUUGAUGGACAAAUUAAAGUAAAUUCACAAUUAUCUGGCAGUGGAUUUGAUAUUUAUUGGGAUAAUAAUGUCUUAACAAUGCAAACUAAACCAGAACUACGCACAUCGAACUUCUUUGAUACAAAUGGAAAAUUAUUAGCAAAAUUUAAAAUACGGGCUGAUUCAAUAGACUCGGAAAGAAUAUAUUAUUUGCACAUAUAUUCGAACAAGUAUCCAGAACCACUCUAUCUUUUGGAAUUGGCCGCUCGUGAUCAUCAUACUUCGACAUCGCAGUAA